UUAAUACACAUAUUCGACAUAUAUUACCUACUUAACUAGAGUCUACCAAAAACCUAUCCAUGCAGGUCGAAGCCGCCUAAUUUUGGAAUAUCUAGUACGCUCAGAUUGUUUAUCUCCGUGGGUGGUCAUAUAUUGCCAAGGAAAAGGCAUGCCAAGUACUCCCUAAGUAGGUACUGAGCCUCCGAGGAAGUACGGUAAUCUAAUUAUCUUGGUCGAAAAUGAGCUUAAUGUUACAUCCAGAAGACAGAGGCGCGCCGCUAUGUACGCCACACGCUUGUUGAUUUCCUUAGCGACUCGGAUGUGCCCCUAUUGAUUUCCCCGAUACCUGUCGCUUUGCAUUUGCUCAGUGUAUAUACUCCGUAGUCUGCUAUGUUGUGCGAACGUCGUUUUGCUUCCUCAGUUGCCCUUUAGAUUCUGUACUAUAGUCGCUCGUUUUUGCUUUACAAAAUGAUUGCAGCCACUUCCACUGUUCUACUUGGAACCCUCGCUAGCGUUGUCACUGCGCAAACCGUCGACAUUUUUCUCCCCGAAUAUGGAAGAUAUUCGGACUCUUUGGUCGCUCAGAGUGUUGGAGAGAAUGCCGGUGUAACAUCCUAUCUCAUUGAAUGCGGUCCUCAAACUGUCACUUCGAUAUCCUGCUUCGCGCAGCCUACCGGAGUCGGUCGUGAUGGCGAAACACCCCCUAUCUGUACUGGCGAUUCAUCCUAUAACACCUACACCAGAGGCUCUUGUGUCGCCGCAGGUGCGACUCUACUCGAGGGUCCCUCUACCAUCGUUUUUAUCAAUCCUAGCGACAAUGGCGUCUCGAUCGACUGCUCAGUUGCGGGCACGGUGUCAGCUGUGUGCACGCAGACCUUCAGCGACCUUGGUCAUGAGAAAGUCUGGGUUGAUACCAUUUCCGGCGAGGACUUUUCCUUCUACCACGUUCCGCUCACUACUGGCCUGACUGCAAAUGGCCCUCUUCCAACACUCAAUGCUGGUGGUCAAGCAAGCACAAGCAGCGCACCGCCAGUAACUUCUUCUGCUAUCAGCCUUUCUCCGAAAAUUACCGCAUCAAUGGCCGCUCCUAGCACGACGCCCAGCACGACGUCCAGUACCACGCCCAGUACUACGCCCAGCGCAAGCACCACGUCAAGCAAUGCUGCAGUUGCAAGUAGCAGCUCAUUCAGUCCGCUCAACAAUACGACCUCGAAUGCGACCAAACCGGCAACCAAUGGUUCUUCCAACACAACUACCGUCACACCUAUUGCUACCGAGGCCAUCAGCGGAGCAACAGCCCUAACCCUGUGGGUGACGGGGGCUGCUGCCGCAGCCGUGGUCGCUGCUGCGGUUAUAAUCUGAUCUGGCAUUGACUUCUUGAAAAGGGCCUGAAGGAAUCCGAAGAUGGUAAGUUUGGACGUAUACUAGAUCUAUCAAUACUUUGAUGAUAGUGAAGAUAGCAAUUAUAUUGUGAUGUCCUUAACAUUCAAUAUACUAAGUAACGGUGGAUCCGAUUAUCUGCUUGCUGGUAUAUCACGUCAUGAGACAUAAAGAGCUGAGUCAAAAAUUAUGGGA